GGAGAAUGCUCACUGACUCUCUGACUCUCUUUUUUUCAAUAAUUACAAAUCUUACGUUACUGUAAAAAGAAAAUAGUCUAUGAGAAUCGCUUGAUGUUAAAGGUUGUGUGUUAAAACUAUCAAAGAUAACGGUAUCGUGAAGCCAUUUUACGACAUUUUAAACAAUAUAAGACUAAACAAUUAUUAAUGCAAACUGUUUAAAAAUAUUGGUAUUUUAAAUAUAAGAAGCUAAAUAGAAGGAAAAUAUUAGUUGGUGAUUGUUGUACAAAAAAAGUUCAAUAAAAAUGUGAAAUUCGAUUAUCGUGUCAUGGCGAGUAAAAAAAAUUCUAUAAAAGUGAAUUUUAUUCAGUAAUGAAAAGUAAAACUUGUGAAAAAAAGUAGUAGCAACAAAGAAAAAAGCACAAAAAGAAAAAUUUCCUAGUUUUCAGCUUAAAAAUUGGAUUAAAGCUUUGAACAAAUUCAUAUAAUACACAAAAGGAAACCAUCGCCAUGUUUCCAACAGCUUCAGCAAGUAGACACCCGGCUGCGGGACCACCGCCACAAGGCCCUCUUAAAUUUACUAUUGCAGACACUUUAGAACGCAUCAAAGAAGAAUUUAACUUUUUACAAGCACAGUAUCACUCAUUAAAGCUGGAAUGUGAAAAACUAGCGAGUGAAAAAACAGAAAUGCAACGCCAUUAUGUUAUGUAUUAUGAGAUGUCAUAUGGACUGAAUGUGGAAAUGCAUAAGCAAACAGAGAUUGCAAAAAGAUUAAACGCGCUUAUUGGACAGUUAUUGCCAUUUCUUGCAGCAGAGCAUCAGCAACAAGUAGCUCAAGCUGUUGAACGAGCAAAACAAGUGACAAUGCCAGAAUUGAAUGCUAUUAUUGGGCAACAAAUUCAUGCACAACAAAUUCCUGGUGCCCCAACACAGUCAAUUCCAUCAUCUCUGGGACCACUUGGAGCUUUAGGUGCUUUUGGGCCUAUGGGGUUGUCUCAUGGAUCGCAAGCUCUUUUAAAAAACCCCCAAGAUAUCCAUCGUGAAGACAUUAAAGUUCCACUUGUGGUUUCAGCGGUUGAAGAACGAUUGAGAAAUUCUGUUUCACCUGCCGAUCGUAAAGAAUACCGAGCUCGAUCGCCACUUGACGUUGAUAUAGAAGCAAAACGUCGAAAAGAAGAUAUAAAGAUGAAUCAGCAACAUCAGCAACAGGGUAUCCAGCAGCUCCUUCAACAAAUUCAUGCACAACAAAUUCCUGGUGCCCCAACACAGUCAAUUCCAUCAUCUCUGGGACCACUUGGAGCUUUAGGUGCUUUUGGGCCUAUGGGGUUGUCUCAUGGAUCACAAGCUCUUUUAAAAAACCCCCAAGAUAUCCAUCGUGAAGACAUUAAAGUUCCACUUGUGGUUUCAGCGGUUGAAGAACGAUUGAGAAAUUCUGUUUCACCUGCCGAUCGUAAAGAAUACCGAGCUCGAUCGCCACUUGACGUUGAUAUAGAAGCAAAACGUCGAAAAGAAGAUAUAAAGAUGAAUCAGGAAAGUGACGGAGAAAAGAGUGAUCAGGAUUUGGUUGUUGACGUCGCAAAUGAAACGGGCUCCUCAUCCCCUUGUCCAAAUGGUGAUCAUGCAGAAUCACGUGAUAGGGAUAGUAUCGGGUUGAAUGGAGAUAAAAAUAGUGAAAAAGCAACCAAUAAGUUGAACAAUACAAACGAUCGUCCGCUUUCUCGAUCUGGUUCAAGUUCAUCUCGGUCGACACCAAAUCUCAAAACAAAAGAUCUCGAAAAGCCAGGAACACCAGGAGCUAAAGCAAGAUCAUCAACACCAAACACUAUAACACCAAACGCUCAAAAAUCGAUCGCUCCACCAAAUUCAGCUGGUUAUCCAGCCUCACCUUACCAGAGACCUGCUGAUCCUUAUCAGAGACAACAACCAGAUCCUUAUGCUCGAGUUCAACCUAUAGGUUACGAUCCUCACUCUCAUGUUCGAACAAAUGGAUUGCCCAUAUCUGGUGUUGGUGGAAAACCGGCUUAUUCAUUUCAUAUGAACGGCGAAGGUAUUCUUCAACCCGUUCCUUUUCCUCCUGAUGCGCUAAAUGGCCCGGGAAUUCCACGACAAGCCCGACAAAUCAACACACUAACUCAUGGUGAAGUAGUAUGUGCGGUCACAAUAUCAAAUCCUACAAAAUAUGCUUAUACUGGCGGUAAGGGAUGUGUAAAAGUUUGGGAUAUAUCUCAACCGGGAAAUAAAAGUCCUGUUAGUCAAUUGGAUUGCUUGCAAAGAGACAACUACAUUAGAUCGGUGAAGCUUUUACCAGAUGGUCGAACGCUCAUUGUUGGUGGAGAGGCUUCAAAUCUUUCAAUAUGGGACUUAGCAAGUCCAACUCCUAGAAUAAAAGCCGAAUUAACAUCUGCAGCACCCGCAUGUUAUGCCUUAGCAAUAUCACCAGACUCCAAAGUAUGUUUUUCAUGUUGUAGUGACGGAAACAUCGCCGUAUGGGAUUUAAAUAAUAACUCUUUGGUGAGACAAUUUCAAGGACACACUGAUGGAGCGUCGUGUAUAGAUAUUAGCCCAGAUGGUUCAAGAUUGUGGACGGGCGGAUUAGAUAAUACAGUAAGGUCAUGGGAUCUCAGAGAAGGGCGACAGCUUCAACAACAUGACUUCAGUUCUCAAAUCUUUUCUCUUGGAUAUUGUCCAACAGGUGACUGGCUUGCAGUUGGAAUGGAAAAUUCACAUGUUGAAGUUUUACACGCUACAAAACCGGACAAAUAUCAACUCCACUUGCACGAAAGUUGUGUUUUAUCUCUACGAUUUGCCACAUGUGGAAAAUGGUUUGUAUCAACCGGAAAAGAUAAUUUAUUAAAUGCUUGGCGGACACCUUAUGGCGCUAGUAUAUUCCAAUCAAAGGAAACAUCAUCUGUUCUUAGUUGCGAUAUUUCAACUGAUGAUAAAUACAUAGUGACAGGAUCUGGAGAUAAGAAAGCGACAGUGUAUGAAGUUAUAUAUUAACAGAUAGAGAACAUCGACGAGAUUUCCUUGGAAAUUUAAUAACCGUUUACACGUCCUUGCAACUCGUUAAAUCAAAAACAACAAUCACUCGUAUAAUUGUAUCUUUUAUGAAAACAAGAUCAUCACCAAUUACAAAAGUUCAACUGACCACUACAUAAGUUGAUAAAAAAUUUAAUUUUUUAGCAUCUAAUUAAAUUGUGUAAAUAAGAACUUAUGAAAAAAGAUUAAAACAUUGUUAAAAAGAAACAUUUUAUUCUGUACAAAAAUUCUCCUUUCCUUUUAAUUUAUGCUUUGUGUCAACAAGAGAAAAAUUUUGCGCCAGAAAAUAGACUUUUAGUGACUCAUAAAUAUUUGUUUUGUCACGUAAUAAAAAUGCGAAAAUUGAAGAAGUAAUCAACGUGUUUUUUAUUUUUCCCUAUCACCUUUUGUACUAUCAAAAUUAUCAAGAAUAUUAAGGUAAAUAUUAAAUAUUUAAACGAUUAUUUAAGGAAUGCAAUGUGAAAAGAUAAGAA